GAUUGACACCCUGCACAAAUUUAUUUUUGGUCAUUUCGAUUUUUUGUAUCCUCUUUAUCUUGUUUCCUUGAAAAAAGACCUAUGCAAGGAGACAAUUUCACCGGUUGACCGGAAGGUCGUUUUUCAAGCCUAAAUAAGUUUAGUUUCAGAAAAAUUCCUUUACUAUAGUAAACAAGAUAAAAAUAUGGCAGAAGAAUGGCCCAAAGAUUUUCCAUUUGAACUAGCGACAAGUGCUAUUGAAGGACUUAAAGUUCUGAAUAAUGAAAUAAAUGAAGAAAUAACAAAGAAAGUAAUUGUAAAUGCAGUAAAACAACUUCUGGUUAAUGGACCAGCUUUACCAGCACGCUCUGAAAUAUACGAAUCUUCUGCUGGUGUGCAUGCUAAACAAGCCGAUUUUGGUAUAUGCUGCAUACUUUUGCUAUCUGCUCGACAUUCCACAGACGUUGUCACUCUCAGACAAAUUCUGGUUCAUAUCAAAUUAAAUUCACAGACGAUUGAUCAACUGGCAGAGGCUUAUGAGAAGUUUAAAGAUGAACUAAUAAAUAAGAUAUCGAAGCAGGGAAAUUCUCAUAAUCUUCCGGAAUGGACGAACGUCUCUGUAGAAGUUGAACGCGAAUUACCAACAGGAGAAGUUUCAUAUAAAAUUAAACUUCUCUCAUUUGAUCAUGAAAGUGGACAAAACAAAAUAAUAGAUGAGCUACAUUGUAAUCAAGAAGAACUGCAAUCAUUCAUCAAUAGUCUUCGAGACAUUGAAAGACAUUGUGAGCGAUUAACAAAACAAAAUUAG